AUGACGGCUGUUGACCCUAGGCUGUUCCCGCGUCGGGUACGCUAUGCUGCCCUCCUUACAGUGAAUGUAUACGUUUUUAUGGGGAAUAUGUACUCGUCUGGUAUAGCGACUGGGUUUGAGUCGCUAGCGAUGGAUCUCCGUGUCGACAACGCGCAGUUGUCGGCUCUGGUCACAUAUUCAGUUCUGUCAAUGGGACUUGCCAAUUUAAUCUGGAUGCCACUUGCACUAUGCUUUGGAAAGCGCCCAGUGACUCUCAUUUCUAUGGCGAUGUUCUUGGGCGGGAUCAUCUGGAGUGCAGUUGCCAAGGACUAUAACAGUUUGCUUGCCUCGCGAGUAUUUGCCAGCUUCGGCUACGGUGCUAGCGAAUCGCUCGGCCCCAGCAUUCUCGCAGAUCUUUUCUUCGAGCGAAAUUACUCAAGUGCGAUGGCUGUCUAUGCUGGAUUUCUGUCCGGUGGCUCGCAAAUUGGACCCGUCAUUGCAGGUUAUCUCAUUCAAGCCCGUGGGUGGCGGUGGUUCUUCAUCCUCUGCGCCAUCAUCGCCGCUGUCAACUUCAUCACUACAAUCUUCUUCCUGCCAGAGACCAUCUAUGAGCGAGAAGAGGAGCCGGAGGUCAUUGAGGAUAAUGAAAAGGAUCUGGCCGGUCAUAUCGAGGCUGUCCCCUCGCACGGUGCCGACCAGGUUAGUAUGAAUUAUAACGAUUAUAUGAAGGGACUCUUUUCCUUCAAUAUCACGAAAGAGGCCAAGGAAAAGGGGGUCUUCAAGCAUUUUGCUUACCUAUUCGUGCUACCAUUCCCCUUGUUGCUGGUCCCCGGCACAUUGAUUGCGUCUUGCAUGUACGGCGUUGUCCUUGGAGGAGUUGUUGUCAUUUCAACCAUCGCCCCUAGUAUCUUCUCACCACCUCCCUAUCUGUUCACCUCCGCAGACUUGGGUCUCUUCACCCUUAGCAGCUUCAUUGGUAUCGUCGUGGCUUGGCCAAUCGCAGGUCCCUUGACCGAUAUGCUCUCUCGCUGGCUCCGCAAGCGCAACAACAACGUUCACAGGCCCGAGCAUCGUUUACCAGCCCUAAUCCUACCUUUCCUACUCAACCCAGUCGGUCUCAUUAUCUUCGGAUACACUGUCUCGCGACUUCAACACUACGUCCGCCCUGCCGUUGGUGCAGCCAUCGCGUCUUCGGGACUGACCCUCGUCCCGUCGGUUAUGCUCUCUUACGUGGUAGAUGCCUACCCCAGAACCAGCGGGGAAGCGCUUGUGCUCGUCAAUGCUUCCAAGAAUGUGGUAGCAUUUGGGUUGGCCAAGAGUUGUUACAGUUGGAUGGCGAAGGAGGGUGUAGACAAGAUGUUCUACGAGUUUGCGGGUAUUCAAUGGGCUGUUCUGUUUUUGGGAUUGCCGCUUUACAUUUUCGGUCCGUGGCUUCGUGCACGGUCACAGAAGUAUUUUUAA